CUCCUCCCUCUCUUUAUAAGCCAUUCCAUUAUCUCUCUGUAAAAAAGAUAACCCCUCCAUUUCCGUCCCUACAACUUCCCAUUUAUUUUCCCUCUCGCAUUUCUCACAGAAUCCAUUUCUUCUUCUGCGAAAAUGAGAGAGAUCCUUCACGUUCAGGGUGGGCAAUGUGGCAACCAGAUCGGCGCCAAGUUCUGGGAAGUUGUUUGCGCCGAGCACGGCAUUGAUACCACCGGAAAGUACCAGGGAGAUUCCGAUCUUCAGCUCGAGAGGAUUAAUGUCUACUACAACGAAGCCAGUUGCGGGAGGUAUGUUCCUCGCGCGGUUCUUAUGGAUCUUGAGCCCGGUACCAUGGACAGUAUCAGAUCUGGGCUCUAUGGCCAGAUCUUCAGGCCGGAUAACUUUGUUUUUGGUCAAUCUGGUGCUGGAAACAACUGGGCCAAGGGCCACUACACUGAAGGCGCUGAGCUUAUUGAUUCUGUGCUCGAUGUCGUCCGGAAGGAGGCGGAGAAUUGCGAUUGUUUACAAGGGUUUCAGGUGUGCCAUUCUCUAGGAGGGGGAACUGGAUCUGGGAUGGGUACUCUUCUGAUUUCGAAGAUCAGAGAGGAAUAUCCAGACCGGAUGAUGCUUACCUUCUCUGUAUUCCCAUCCCCGAAGGUCUCUGAUACUGUUGUUGAGCCUUACAACGCAACCCUCUCAGUUCAUCAAUUGGUUGAGAAUGCAGACGAGUGCAUGGUUCUUGACAAUGAAGCUCUCUACGAUAUCUGCUUCCGAACCCUCAAGCUCACCACUCCAAGCUUUGGUGAUCUGAACCAUUUGAUCUCUGCAACAAUGUCCGGAGUGACUUGCUGUUUGAGAUUCCCUGGUCAACUUAACUCUGAUCUCCGGAAGCUCGCUGUUAAUCUCAUUCCCUUCCCUCGUCUCCACUUUUUCAUGGUGGGUUUUGCUCCUCUUACAUCCCGCGGUUCCCAGCAGUACAGAGCAUUGACUGUUCCAGAGCUAACUCAACAAAUGUGGGAUGCUAAGAACAUGAUGUGCGCAGCUGACCCACGACACGGUCGCUACUUGACUGCCUCUGCUAUGUUCAGAGGCAAGAUGAGCACCAAGGAAGUUGACGAGCAAAUGCUCAAUGUGCAGAACAAGAACUCUUCUUACUUUGUGGAGUGGAUUCCAAACAAUGUCAAAUCGACCGUUUGUGAUAUCCCCCCAACUGGUCUGAAGAUGGCUUCGACUUUCAUUGGAAAUUCCACAUCAAUUCAGGAGAUGUUCCGCCGUGUGAGUGAGCAGUUCACUGCCAUGUUUAGGAGGAAAGCUUUCUUGCACUGGUACACMGGUGAAGGCAUGGACGAGAUGGAGUUCACUGAGGCAGAAAGUAACAUGAACGAUCUGGUUUCUGAAUACCAGCAGUACCAAGAUGCCACUGCUGAUGACGACUACUACGAUGAAGAAGAGGAGGAACCCGAAGAUGUGUAAGGGAAGAAGAUUGUAUGAAGGGGUUUUUUUAUGUCUGUAGGGAUGUGUAAUAUGUGUUGCAACUUUUGCAACUUUAUGUUGCUAGACAUGGAUUUGUCUAUUUUCUGUUGUCUUUUAUGUGGCUUGACUUCUGAACUGAUUGUCUGCAGACAGUUAAAUCUUUAACCUACCUAAUAUGAAUUUUUGUUCAAAUCCCAUAUGUGAACAUCACCUUCUGAAGCCAAGUUAUGCCAUUUGAUUGAAUAGUAAAAGCUCACAAAGGCAAGUGUGUGGAACUGUUUUGAAUGA